UCCUUUUCAUCUUACCAGCAUCAGCAUGUCUGAUUUAGAAUAUCAAAGGGGGCAUCAUGAGGAUGAAGAGGAGGAACCAGGAGAAGGAGAAGAACGGCCUAAAUACAAGCCGCUGCUAUCUCAGCUCUCUGCCCCCAAAAUCCCCGAAGGCGAGAGGGUUGACUUUGAUGAUAUCCACAGGAAACGGAUGGAAAAAGACCUUUUGGAGCUGCAGACUCUGAUUGAUGUCCACUUUGAGCAGAGAAAGAAAGAGGAAGAGGAGCUGAUUGGACUUAAGGACAGGAUUGAAAGGCGGCGGUCAGAAAGAGCCGAGCAGCAGCGCGUGAGGGCGGAAAAAGAGCGUGACAGACAAACCAGGAUUGCGGAGGAGAGACAGAGGAAAGAGGAUGAGGAGGCAAAGAAGAGGGCAGAUGAUGAGGCCAAGAAGAAGAAAGUUCUCUCGAACAUGGGGGCUCACUUUGGAGGAUUCCUGGCCAAGGUAGAGCAGAGGCGAGGCAAACGACAAACUGGGAGGGAGAUAAAGAAGACGACUCUGGCAGAGAGACGCAAACCACUGGCUAUUGAUAACCUGAGAGAGGACGGCCUGAGAGAGAAAGCCAAGGAGAUGUGGGAAUGGAUCUACCAGCUGGAGUCCGAGAAAUUUGACCUAACUGAGAAGAUGAAGAGGCAGAAAUAUGAGAUUAAUGUCCUACUGAACAGAAUCCAACAUGCCCAAAAAUUCAAAAAGGUUCAUGGUAAGGGCAAAGUUGGCGGACGUUGGAAGUGAACCCUCACACACAGGAGGAUCUUUCUGCUUGACAUUUAUUCAAAUAACUUCACAAAAGUAAAUGAUCAAACAUGUGCAAUAAAAUUCUAAUGAGAAA